CUCUUCUCGAAGCUCAAAAGCCCUUUCACCUACCACAAGUUUGAUCGGAAUAUUCUCUCUCUAAUCCAACCUUAUGAAACACGGAUGCUAAUUUCCACUCGGAAGAUUCGAAUCUAGGGUUUCUUUGAGCAAGAUGUCUUGGAACAGCGAUAUUGUAAUGCGUGACGUUUCCAAUGCAUGCCUCAUCAUUACUGACCGCAUUGAACGACUUGUUUCUACGCAGAUCGACCUAGACGAAGCUCUUGAAGCUUCUAGAGAUGAUAGUCAUCCCUACGCAACUCAUCCUAAGGAGUGGCUUCCUUUGGUUGAAGUGGCGGAUACUUGGGAGCUACCUUCUAUACUCAUUGAAAGAUACAAUGCAGCUGGAGGGGAAGGAACUUCUUUAUGCGGAAUAUUCCCAGAGAUUCGCAGGGCAUGGGCAUCUGUAGACAAUUCCUUGUUUUUAUGGCGUUAUGAUAAAUGGAAUGAUGAUUGUCUUGAAUACAGUGGGAAUGCUCAAUCUAUUUGUGCUAUUGGUUUAUCUAAAGCAAAACCUAGCAUUUUUAUAGAAGCUAUCAAAUACCUUUUGGUCUUGGCUAGCCCUGUUGAGUUGAUACUUGUAGGUGUCUGCUGUUCAGGAAGGAGUGAUGGUAUGGACCCAUAUGCAGAAGUUUCACUCCAACCUUUGCCAGAGUACAAAGUACCCUCUGAUGGGGUAACUAUGACAUACAUCGCAUGUACAGAUGGAGGCCGUAUUUUCCUGGCUGGACGUGAUAGCCAUAUCUAUGAAUUGCUUUAUACAACUGGUUUGCGAUGGCAAAAACGCUGUAGAAAAGUUUGUGUUACUGCUGGAUUAAGAAGUUCCAUUUCAAGAUGGACUGUUCCCUAUGUAUUCAAAUUUGAAGGUGUUGAUCCGAUUGUUGAAAUGGUUGUUGAUAAUGAGAGGCAUACCUUGUAUACACGCACAGAGGAGAUGAAAGUCCAAGUGUUUUUUCUUGGCCUUAAUGGUAAUGAAACACUUAAAAAGGUUGCAGAAGAGAGCAAUUUAGUUAACCUGGGAGAAAUAUCUAUUGUUAGCAUCUCUCCCUUGUCAAUAUUCGAAUCAAAGUGGCUUCAUCUUGUUUCUGUUUUAUCAGAUGGUAGACGCUUGUAUAUAUCUAGUGGAAGUAAUGGAAAUAAUCACAAACCACAUUGCUUGAAAGUUGUGAUAACCAGGCCUUCUCCUUUUGGACCUAUAUCUCUUGCUGAGCCGUCCCUAAAGAUUGAAUCGGCAUAUUAUUCUGCUGGAACUCUCAUUCUCUCCGAUUCAUCAGCAUCAACCAAGGAGUCUCUUCUCAUUGUUAGUAAGGAUUCAAGCACAAAAUCACCUUCAACUCGUAAUUUUGGAACAGGGGCAGUUCGAGAAUUGGUAUCUUCACUGCCUGUUGAGGGUCAUAUGCUGUUUGUGUCCGAUAUUCUACUCCUAUCAGAUGCAGCAGCUUCUAUGCAGUCGAUAUAUUCUCAAUUAGAAUUUUGUGGGAGAGUUUCUGAAAAGGAAUCAUCAGGAAAGCUCUGGGCUAGAGGUGAUCUUUCAACACAACAUAUAUUACCUCGAAGAAGAAUGGUUGUAUUCAGCACAAUGAAGAUGAUGGAAUUAGUCUUCAACAGGCCAGUUGACAUCCUCAGGAAAUUGUUGGAGUCUAACCUGCUGGCUAGAUCAACAUUGGAGGAUUUCUUCAACAGAUUUGGAGCUGGAGAGUCAGCGGCUAUGUGUUUAAUGCUUGCUGCCAAAAUAGUCCAUCCAGAAAAUAUAAUCAGUAACCUUGUUGCAGAGAAGGCAGCUGAGGCUUUCGAGGAUCCAAGACUUGUUCAAAUGCCGUUGCUUGAAGGUAGUGGCGCAAUAUCUAAUGGAGGAUUCAGCAUGGGCCAUGUUAUCCAAGAGGCUGAGCCUGUUCUUUCAGGUGCAUAUGAGGGACUUUGUUUGUGCUCAACAAGAUUACUUUUUCCUUUGUGGAAGCUUCCAGUUCUAGUGAUAAAAGGAUCAAGUUCUUCUGGUGCAUUGGCUGAAAAUGCGAUAGUUGCAUGCAGACUUUCCUGUGGUGCAAUGAGAAUUCUUGAGGAUAAACUUCGAUCUUUGGAGAGGUUUCUUAGUUCUAGGCGGUUGAUGAGAAAGGGGUUGUAUUGUGUUGUGGAACUUGGAGAUGCAUCUGAAUUAGCCGUUAUGGAAGUGAGAGCAAUGGAGUGCAUCAGGCAGUUACUUCUUAGGUCUGCUCAAGCUCUUUUUCUUCUUCAACUCGUUUCGCAACAUCACCCCACACGCUUGAUUCAGAAUUUUGAUGCUACACUAAAGCAAGCACUGGUUCAGUUGACAUUCCAUCAGUUAGUUGGUACUAAAGAAGGAGAACUGCUCGCUACAAGGCUUAUAUCUGCUUUAAUGGAGUAUUACACUGGUCCAGAUGACAGGGGAACUGUGGAUGAAAUAACCACUAGACUAAGUGAUGGAUGCCCAUGUUACUAUAAAGAUCCAGAUUACAAAUUUUUUCUAGCCUUAGAAUGUUUAGAAAGAGCUCAGAUUUCUCUGGAUGCGAAGGAGAGACAGAAGCUUGCUGGAGAAGCUUUCAACUACUUAAGUAAUAUCCCUGAAUCUGCAGAUUUAAGAAAUAUUUGCAAGCGUUUUGAAGACUUGAGAUUUUAUGAGGCUGUUGUUCGUUUGCCCCUGCAGAAGGCUCAGGCUCUUGAUCCUGCUGGUGAUGCCUAUAAUGAACAGAUUCAUGUUGGACUACAAGAACGUGCUCUUGCUCAACGUGAGCAGUGUUAUGAAAUUGUUACUUCUGCUUUGCGUUCUUUGAAAGGUGAAACUUCUUAUAGGCGUGUGGCACAAUUGGGACUUGAUCCAGCAUCGCGCAAGAAGUAUAUUUAUCAAAUUUUUCAACUUGGUACUCAGUCGGCUGAUAGAGUAUUCCAUGAGUACCUUUACCGGACGCUAAUUGAUCUUGGCCUUGAGAAUGAGUUGUUAGAAUAUGGAGGUCCAGAUAUAGCCCUUUUUCUACAGAAUGCUCUGCGUGAGCCUGUACAAGAGGCCCGGGCUAUUUCUGUAGUGGAACCUUCAUUUCCUGUACUGGCUUAUUCACGAACACAUUACCAGACAAACCAUGUAAAGUAUUCUGAACUCCUAGCACGCUAUUAUGUCCUAAAGAGGCAAUAUGUUCUUGCAACUCAUGUACUGUUAAGGCUAGCAGAAAGGUCUGGUGAUGGAGCAGAAGUGCCUACACUAGAACAAAGGUGUCAAUACUUGAGUAGUGCAGUUUUGCAGGCAAAGAGUGCUAGUGACAUUCCUGAUGUAUCCAAUAGUGGUGCUUAUGAUGAUGGUUUGCUUGAUCUCGUCGAAGGAAAAUUUGAUGUCCUUAGGUUGCAAAUGAAGAUCAAAGAGAAACUGGAGGCCAUAGCUUCUAAUAUAGAGGCUUCUCUUAGUUCUUCCAUGUCUACUCUAAUUGAUUCAUCACCAGAUAGUAAUAGUCCUGUUGAUGCUAACUUUUUGCAUUCUGUCAAAGAAGCGGUCAAGGAGCUAUCAACAGAUCUUAAGAGCAUCACUCAACUCUACAAUGAGUAUGCUGUUCCAUUUGAGAUUUGGGAGGUCUGUCUGGAAAUACUAUACUUUGCCAACUAUUCUGGUAACACAGACAACAGUACUGUAAAUGAAACAUGGGUUAGACUCAUGGAUGAGACUCUUUCAAAAGGUGGUGUUGCAGAAGCUUGUGCAGUAUUGAAAAGGGUUGGUUCUCAAGUUUACUCCGGAGAUGGAGUUGUUCUACCAUUGGAUAUUCUGUGCCUUUACCUUGAGAAAGCUGCAUUGGAGCGGACAACUUCAGGAGUUGAAACAGUUGGAGAUGAGGAUGUAGCAAGAGCUCUUCUUGCUGCUUGUAAAGGUUCUGUUGAACCUGUGUUGAAUACCUACGACCAACUUCUCUCCAGUGGAGUAGUAAUUUCGUGUCUAAGAUUGCGCCUUCUCUGUUCAUUGCUUGUUGUGCUUCGUGAGUGGGCCAUGCCUUUAUUUACUCAUCAUAUUGUCCAAACUACUGUCCUGAACCAAGUGACUCGUGAUAAGAUUACAAGUAUGGCAGACAGGUAUAUGACUGAAGUGAGGAGGUUGCCCCUUGGCGUUAACCAAACAAAAGCUGUACAUCGCGGUUUUAGAGAACUGAAAGAGUCUGUGUUGAGCCCAAUUCCUUACAAGAGGUUUUGAUUUUAAAAUUUCCUAUCUUGAUUCUUUUUUUGGCCUGGAUAUUAAAUCGAGGUUUCCCUGUAUAAGGAAGGUAAUUGACAGACACUUGUUAUACAUUCAAAUUCCAAAUAAAGAGUUGUAUCAUACAUUCAACAUCCAAUUAACACAUUACUUUCUGUCGUGA